UAUGCAACGCUGAAAUACAAGCAGCUACAACAACGUAACGGUAUUUUAGUUGGAAUUGUCGCAUUUCUCCACUUUAUUUGUGAAAUCUAUUCGUUGAAGAACACAGCCGAAAUAUUAACGGGCAAAUCGCUGAUGCCGCGGAAUAAAUGCCAUCGUUCGGUUUUUCUGAUGGGCUUAUCAUUUAAUAUGGCUGGCAUAGCAAUACUUUUUCUUGCUAUCGAUAGACUUAUCGCUGUCGCAUUACCUCUAACGUGA